AUGUCUCUCUCAAGUCGACAAACAGCUAUUGUUAACCCUCCUCCACCAGAAUAUAUAAAUACUAAGAAAAAUGGGCGAUUGACAAAUCAACUGCAGUAUCUACAAAAAGUAGUCCUAAAGGCUUUAUGGAAGCAUAGUUUUUCUUGGCCUUUUCAACAUCCUGUGGAUGCCGUGAAACUAAAGCUGCCUGAUUAUUAUACCAUUAUACAAAACCCAAUGGAUUUAAAUACAAUUAAGAAGCGCUUGGAGAAUAAAUAUUAUGUGAAGGCUUCAGAAUGUAUAGAAGACUUGAAUACAAUGUUCUCAAAUUGCUAUUUAUACAACAAGCCUGGAGAUGACAUCGUUCUUAUGGCACAAGCUCUAGAGAAGUUGUUCAUCCAAAAAUUGUCUCAGAUGCCACAAGAAGAACAAGUUGUGGGUGGUAAGGAAAGAAUAAAGAAAAGUAAACUAGGAGGCGCUCAACACAAUGAAACAGUUUCUUCUGUUAAAGAAAAACCAUCCCCCAAAGCAACAGACAAGAUAUUGAAGCAGCAAGCAACUCCUGUGUUUCCUGAGGCACCUGUUUCUCCUUUAAAUGGGGCACAAGGAGCUCCAGUCAACUCUAGCUCACAAACUAUAGCCCAAGUUACAAGGGGUGUGAAGAGGAAAGCAGAUACAACAACUCCCAUGACGUCAGUGGUUAAAGCAAAUUGCGAAUCUUCUCCAACACUCACAGAAAAACAAUCAGCAAAAAUGCCACCAAUAAAAGAAAAUGUGCAGAAGAAUGUUUUGCCUGAUUCUCAGCAACAAUAUAAUGUUGGAAAGAAUGUUAAAGUAACUGAACAAUUAAGGCACUGCAGUGAGAUUCUUAAAGAAAUGCUUGCAAAGAAACACUUUUCGUAUGCAUGGCCCUUUUAUAAUCCUGUUGACGUCAGUGCUUUGGGACUCCAUAACUACUAUGACAUUGUCAAACAUCCGAUGGAUCUUGGAACUAUUAAGGGGAAAAUGGACAACCAAGAAUAUAAGGAUGCAUAUGAAUUUGCUGCUGAUGUUAGAUUAAUGUUUAUGAAUUGCUACAAAUAUAAUCCUCCAGAUCAUGAAGUUGUGACAAUGGCAAAGAUGCUUCAAGAUGUUUUUGAAAUGCAUUUUGCCAAGAUCCCAGAUGAACCUGUUGAGAGUAUGGCUGUUUGUUGCAUCAAAACAGACUCCACAAAAGCUGUUGGUAAAGAAAGCAGUAGUGAAGCUUCCUCAGAAGGUAACUCUUCCGAUGAUUCUGAAGAUGAACGAGUUCAGCGUCUUGCAAAACUUCAGGAGCAGCUUAAAGCUGUUCAUCAACAGCUGCAGGUUCUGUCCCAAGUACCUUUCCGUAAGCUAAAGAAAAAGAAUGAGAAAUCCAAAAAGGAAAAGAAAAAAGAAAAGGUUAAUAACAGAGAUGAAAAUCCAAGGAAGAAGUUUAAGCAAACGAAACCCAAGGAAAAAUCCAAGAGCAAUCAGUCAAAGAAGAGAAAACAGCAGGUCUUUGCUCUGAAACCCGGAGAGGAAGAUAAUGCUAAACCUAUGAACUAUGAUGAGAAAAGGCAGUUAAGUUUGGAUAUAAACAAACUCCCUGGUGAUAAACUUGGGCGUGUAGUUCGUAUAAUACAAUCAAGAGAGCCUUCACUGAGAAAUUCCAACCCUGAUGAGAUAGAGAUUGACUUUGAAACCCUGAAAGCAUCAACACUGAGAGAAUUAGAAAAAUAUGUUGCCGCGUGUUUAAGGAAAAGACCACUAAGACCUCACACUAAGAAAACAAUGAAGUCCAAAGAAGAACUUCAUUCACAGAAAAAACAGGAAUUGGAAAAACGGUUGCUGGAUGUCAAUAAUCAGUUAAAUUCUAGAAAACGUCAAACUAAACCUGAGAAGACACAGCCGUCCAAAGCGGUGGGCUGCGGUUCCCGGCUGAGCGAGAGCAGCAGCAGCGACUGUAGCUCCUCGGGGUCUGACAGCAGCAGCAGCGACUCCAGCUCUUCCGACAGCAGCGAUUCCGAAUCAGAAAUGUUCCCUAAAUUUACUGGAGUAAAACAGAAUGAUUCUCCUUCUAAAGAAAAUGUAAAGGUGCAGUAUUCUGUGCAAGACACAAUCUCAGCUAAAACUACCGCACACCCCAGUCUAAUACCACCAAAACACCCCCAGUCAGCAUUUAAUUAUCAAGAAUUAGAACAUUUACAGACUGUGAAAAAUGCUUCACCUUUACAAAUUCUGCCUCUCUCAGGUGACUCUAAACCAGUGACUGGCCUGACUGAGAUACAUCCACCUGCUGACAAAGACACAGUGGCAUCCGAAUCUGAAUAUCAAGUUCCUGUGCAGAAGGAUAUAAAGAUUAAGAAUGCAGACUCUUGGAAAAGUCUAGGCAAACCAGUGAAAACAUCAGGUAUAAUGAAAUCCUCAGAUGAACUCUUCAACCAAUUUAGAAAAGCAGCCAUAGAAAAGGAAGUAAAAGCUCGAACACAGGAACUAAUACGAAAACAUCUGGAACAAAAUACAAAGGAACCAAAAGUAUCUCAAGAAAAUCAGAGGGACCUUGGAAAUGGAUUGACUUCAGAAUCUUUUUCAAAUAAAAUGCAAAAUAAGUGCCAUGCAGAUGAGCAGAAAAAACAUCAGCAGUCAUCAGAAGCUCAAGAUAAAAGCAAACUCUGGCCUCUCAAAGACCGUAAUUUAGCAAGGGAGAAAGAGCAAGAACGGAGGAGGAGAGAAGCAAUGGCGGGUACCAUUGAUAUGACUCUUCAAAGUGACAUUAUGACAAUGUUUGAAAACAAUUUUGAUUAA